CAGUAAAAUCGUAGAAAUGGUUGCAUGUUGCGUUUACAUUUUUGUUCAGUGUAGAUAUAUAGGUAAGUUAAGUAGUGUUAGCUACAAAUCAGAAGGUAAAUGUGCUAAACACCAAGGUAAUGCUUUGUCUGUUAUACAUUGCUACUGAUCAAUGCCAUCAUUUUCCUAAUUUGUGUCAGCCUGGUCUUUGUACGAACUUAAAGUCAAGAUCGCCAUCAUCUGCUACGAUGGAAACAGUACUGACGUAUACAAAGCCAGAGACCUUGCACAGAAAUGGCUCAGACACAUAUUACCAUCCAACAAAUAUCAUUUGUACAGAGUCUCUGUGUCUGUGUCAACCAGUGUCGGUGAGACAUAUGAGGACGGGGCCCAUGUAAGUGUUGAACUUGACGGAAUGACGAUACUACACAGUAACAACAAUAAUGUGAUAGUUACAUAUACAUUUACUCUGAUAAUCCGUGCAACGGAGCACAGAUGAUAGCAUGUACUACAAUUUCAAUUCCCCAGGACAAACCAAUAUUGCGGGCUGAAUUUGAUGCAAACCGCUUUGACUGCCUGGUCCACCUCAACGUGAUCCCCAGCUCUGAUGUCAGUACAGUGCAGAAACAGGUCUCUCAUUUGCUGAACACACCUCACAACGUCGGAUAUCUCACGCUAAUGGCUAACCCCAAGAGCAUCCAAGUGAACGCUGUAGAGGACUUCCCCCCUGCCACAGUCAAUCCUCCCAUUGUCAUGGCCACUGGAACCUCUUCUGACACAGCCACAGACCUUAUUGUCACGACUGGUGGCGAACUCUCAGACAUAUAUUUUGAAGUUGAUGUGAACGUGACCCUUACUGGGUUCUGUAUCCAUCCGGAACUGACAAUCAUUACCUGGCUGCAUGUCACUCUACCUGAUGAGAUGUCUGUUCUGACCUUCCAGCUUUUGGGAAAGGCAUACAGACACGGCUGUCGAUUCCAGAUGCGGGUGACAACGUCAUCAAGUCAAGAGGAGACAAGGACACGGAUCCGUACCCUCCUGGAGAGGACAUACACCAAUGGCACUAUAACCAUGGAAAACAAGCCCAACGACAUUAACAUCCGUCAUAUACCGCCAGGGAGUUGUCCUGAGCACCGACACCAGACCAGACAGGGCCUGUUUGUGUGGCCAGGCACCUGGGCCCCCCGGACUGCCACGCUGCCAUGUCAGGGAGACACCAGCAAGACAGCUAGCCGGCUCUGUCUGUUGGGUUUUCCAAUCCAUUGGGGCGUCCCAGAUCUGCACCAGUGCCCGUUUGUGGUUGAGACCAUUCCAGACCUAGACAACAUUGAUGUCACUCCUGAGAAUGCUAUGGAUGUGGUGGAGAUGAUAGAGGGCCUGCUGAAAGACCAUCCAGACCUCAACUGCACUGAACUGAGCACCAUUCUGAAGAAACUCAAAAACAUUGUUUUCAUCAGCUGUAUGACCCCACCUCUGGGCGAAGCAAUCAUCAACAUCAUCUCAGACAUCUUGGAGUCUAAGAGCUACCUGCAGCAUGUCACCAACCAAAUACUGGACAUUACAGAGAUGGUUGGCGACAAGAUGUCUUGUUUUGACCAGACAAAUUACACUUUGGUUGCUUCUGCGAUGGCAAUCUCCGUGGUGGACGUAGACCUGGGCCAGUUUCAGGUCCUCACUUUUGGCGUCUCGUCUGCUGCAGAGGGCCUAAGCCCCGAGAUUUAUAUCAACAAGGAUCCGUUCAAAGGGACUGUUGCAUUCAUCUCCCUACCCUCAGCCUUGAAGUACAGAUUUCCUCAACACAGUGGAGCCCAGCCGCGGGUUCAGUUUCAGUUUUAUGGAGUCCCAACUCUCUUCAUGAACAACCCGGAUGGGAAGAUCCUGAACACUUAUGUGGUCUCAGCCAGUGUCACCAAUGCCAGUGGCCCCAUCAAGGACCUAGAGGAGGAUGUAGAGGUGACACUACAUCACUUGACGUCCAAUCCACUUGGCAAGGAGGUGCAGUGUGUCUACUGGGACUUCAAUCAAAAUGAAGGAAGGGGAGGAUGGGAACAGCAUGGAUGCAGGAAGCACAACACCAGUGCUGACUAUACCACAUGCCUGUGUGACCACCUCACUCAUUUUGGAGUACUUCUGGAUGUAUCCAGGACUCAAAUCGACAUACCAAAUGAGGAAAUUCUGACCAUCAUCACUCAUCUGGGCUGCGGUGUGUCCUCCGUCUUCCUGGGAAUCACUGUGUUGACAUACACAGCAUUUGAGAAGCUCCGCAGAGACUACCCAUCCAAGAUCCUCAUUAACUUGUCUCUGGCGCUGCUGGGGCUCAACAUGGUUUUCCUGGUCAACUCCUGGCUCUCCUCCUUUGGCAGCUAUGGGCUUUGUGUGGCGGUGGCUUCCGCACUGCACUAUUUCCUACUGGCCUCUUUCACCUGGAUGGGCCUGGAGGCUGUGCACAUGUACUUUGCCUUGGUCAAAGUCUUCAAUGUUUAUGUGCCCUCAUACAUCCUCAAGUUCUGCUCCCUAGGAUGGGGAAUCCCUCUGGCUAUAUGCUGCGUAGUUCUGGUUGUGAAGAGAGAGUCCUACGGCAGCUCCCUCGGCAGUGAGUCCAUGGAACCACUAGAUAACUCUGAGGCGUUCUGCUGGAUCCAGGAUGAAGUGGCUUUCUAUGUGUCUGUGGUGGGCUACAUUCUACUAGUGAUGCUGUGCAACAUGGCUAUCUUCAUGGUGGUCCUGGUCCAGAUCCGCCACAUGCGGGUCAAUCAGCCGGCUGGCAUCCACAGCGGCCUCCUUCUGCAGGACCUGAAGGGUGUUUCCAGUCUCACCUUCCUGCUGGGUCUCACCUGGACUGUGGCUUUCUUCGCCUGGGGGCCAGCCAAGGUUCCCUUCCUCUACCUCUUCUGUGUCCUCAACAGUCUGCAAGGGUUCUUUAUAUUUCUGUUCCAUUGUCUGAUGAAGGAGAAUGUGAGAAAACAAUGGAGAAUCCAUUUGUGCUUUGGCCGCUUCAGACUCCAAGACUACUCUGAGUGGAGCCAGACUUUUACAGUUGGUGCCAAAUCCAGACCUAACCCUCUGGUGCGCAUGCCCUCAGUGAGGUCCAUCAAGUCCAGUGCCACAGAAAGCACCUCAGCCUCCUCCGACUCCAGUCAACGACAGGUCUCCAUCAGAAGACCUAACUUGAACCUUGUGUAUGAGAAUAACUUGGCACUACCACUUGUCCAACGUAACUCCACUCCUCUACCUCACAAAAGUGCCUCUUUCCCAGAGGAGGGGCACUGCGAGGGGCCCUCUUGGCAAGACGGAUCUCACCCAAGACAUCGGCUACCCAUUCCUUAAGACCUUUGAAAUACGGCAAGGAGGAACACCUUCAUUUGUGCUAAAUGAAUGAAUAGAGAAACAAAGAUUGUAACUUGUGCAAUCUGAAAUAUCAGACAAGAAUUGGUUCUGUUGUAACAUGGCAGCUUUCGCUUUGACUCAAUCUGGGACAUGAAUGCACAUGUAUGAUAAAGCAACAUUUAGGACAUAAUAUGAAUGGUGUUUUUAAUUUCUACUUACUUUGUAGCAAAUUAAAAUGAAGUUCUUUGUGAUGAUCUAUCGGAUGAAUGAUGUCCUGUCCAUCUUCACUGAUCUAUUUAUUGUACUGAAGGUGUGACAAAUUAGACUAGUAUGCAUGUGUGCAAAACGGACAAUAAAUGACAUUGGCUGCAA